AUGUAUGGAGAUAGCAUAAGGGAGCAGGAGAGACGACAUUUUAUUGAAAAGGUUGAGGAAACAAAACUUCCUACCGAUCGACCUGUACACUAUAUCCCGCAUCAUCCUGUUUCCAAGGAAUCAUCUACUACGCCAAUACGCAUUGUUUAUGAUUGUAGCUGCAAAGAUGGAAGAGAUAAUCCAAGUCUAAAUGAAUGCUUAGAAUCACACCCACCUGUUAUGAAUGAUAUUACGGGAAUACUUAUGAGAUUUCGCGCUAAGAAAUAUGCUACAACUUCAGAUUUAGAAAAGGCAUUUCUACAAAUACAGCUCGACGAGAAAGACCGAGAUGCAACGAGGUUCUUAUGGCUUAGCGAUCCUACAAACACAUCAAGUCCGCUAAUAACAUAUCGCUUUAAGUCCGUACUCUUCGGAGCUACAUGUUCGCCAUUCAUUUUGAGCGCCACACUUCUCAAGCACUUUAAGGAAAAUCCGGGGAAACUUUCAGAUACACUUGAAAAUGGGUUAUAUGUGGACAACAUUUUAACUAGCUUUGAUAACGAAAGUGACUUAAUAGAUUAUUACAGGAGAUCGAGAGAAUUACUUACGAAAGGCGGAUUCAACCUACGCUCAUGGAAUUCAAACAGUCCAAAAUUACAAGAAAUCGCUAGCAAAGAAAAAACCUUAGACAAAGAUGAGCUUACUAAAAUUCUUGGUAUGAAAUGGAACGCUAAAUCGGACAAGUUGUUUUAUCAAAGUAACACGUUCGAGAUGGACAAAAAAGGAAAACUGACUAAAAGAUAUAUUUUACGGCAAUCAUCCAAGAUUUUCGAUCCUUUAGGACUAUUAAGCCCAGUUACUGUAAAAGCGAAAAUCUUUAUGCAAUCACUUUGGAAGCUAAACUUGGAGUUGGACGAAAUAUUACCGGAAGAUAUCCAAUCAAAAUGGAUAUUAAUUUCACGAGAUCUAGCAACGAGCUUAGAAACAGAGAUUCAUCGAAGUACUCAAACACAGAACGAGAAUAACAGAAAUUUACCAACUCUUCAUGUAUUUACCGAUGCUUCAACUCAUGAGUACGGCGCAUGCGCGUACAUCUUGUAUGACAGAAAACCAACAAUAGUAAUGGCAAAGAAUCGAGUUGCGCCUAUCAAGACUAUAACUUUACCAAAACUAGAGCUUAUGGGGGCUGUAAUUGGAGCAAGACUUGAUGAUCAUAUCUGCAAAAACUUUCCAGAAACUUUCAGUGAAAUACAAUUUUGGAGUGAUAGUCAAAUCGUACUUAGUUGGCUUUCAUCCGUAAAACCACAGAGACAAUUUAUCAAAAACAGAAUUGAAGAAAUUAAAAGUUUGUGUGGAGAUAAUGUAUGA